GAGAACACUUCCGGCUCAGCGGAACUCGGGGAGCCGGAUCAGGUUGUCCGUGGACUGGGUUUGUGGUCGAGGCCCCAUGAGCGCGGCGCCCCUGGUGGGCUACAGCAGCAGCGGUUCCGAGGAUGAAGCGGAGGCCGUCGCCGCGGGGCGGAGCAAACCGGGGUCUGGACUCCAUCGUUGUGGCCAGAACCCCCUUCCCAGUCAGAAGUUUCCAGUGCCUGACAGUGUGCUGAGCAUGUUCCCCAGCACAGAGGAAGGGCCUGAGGAUGACAGUGCAAAGCAUGGGGGUCGCAUCCGAACCUUUCCCCAUGAGCGCGGCAACUGGGCCACCCACAUCUACAUACCGUAUGAGGCGAAGGAGGACUUCCAGGAUCUGCUUGAUGUGCUGCUGCCCCGAGCUCAGAUGUUCGUACCUCGACUGGUACUGAUGGAGGAGUUCCACCUCAGCCUGUCUCAGAGCGUGGUUCUCCGGCACCACUGGAUCCUCCCCUUUGUGCAGGCGCUCAAAGACCGCAUGGCCUCUUGCCAAAGGUUCUUCUUUACUGCCAACAGGGUAAAGAUUUAUACCAAUCAAGAGAAAACCAGGACCUUUGUGGGGCUCGAGGUCAGUUCAGGGCAUGCCCAGUUCCUGGACCUGGUUUCACAGGUGGACGGAGUCAUGAAGGAAUUUGACCUCACUACUUUCUACCAGGACCCUUCAUUUCAUGUCAGUCUGGCCUGGUGUGUGGGUGAUGCUCGUCUCCAGCUGGAGGGACAGUGCCUGCAGGAACUACAGGAAAUCGUGGAUGAGUUUGAAGACUGUGAGAUGCUGUUACGUGUGCUGGCCAACCAGGUCCGCUGCAAGUCCGGGAACAAAUUCUUCUCGAUGCCUUUGAAGUGAGCCUUGUUCCAUGCCUCUCUACAGGCCGACUGAGAGGGGUGCCCCAGCCAGGGGUCCUAAGCACACACUCAGUACUGUUCUAGUGGGCUGCUCAUUGGUAGGCUGCUACUGCAAUGUGGUCAUUUCCAGAAAUCACCAGUAGAGGGCAGCCCGGACCUCUAAUUCUUCCUCCACUUCCUUGGGAAAGUAAAAUGAGCCUGGCUGGGGAGCCCACCCACACAGUCCACACCGAGGGCUCUCCACUGCUCUAAUCUAUGCUGAUGCCAUUGGCCACCAACCAGUUCUUAAGAUCCUUGCCUUCUGACCCACCUGUGUCAAACUGGGGCCUCCAUGCAUCCGUCAUCCUCUUUUUAAUCUCCUUUAUUUUUCUCCUUGGCCCUUUAUCCCAUCCUGUGCCAGGAGAGGUCAUUUCAGGGCCAGGGCACAGGGUGCUGCUUUGCGGUCCACAGCAGUUUUCUUCAUUCCUUCCUCCCACUUACCCAGCCAGGUGUCUGGGGAGCCCAGCAGAUGUUCCACUCUGGCCUGGCUAUGGCUGCAGGCCAGGCCUCCAACACCCGUGACCCCGGCUUUCCCCAUCAGCCUUCCCUCCAGCCGGGACACCCCUGCCCCUGUGGCUGAGCAUUCUUCAGGUGGGGGUGGGAAGUGGGGUGAGGGCCAAGGAGGCAUAGGAGAAUUUAUUUUCCAUCAAGUUCCUAUCAGGGCAAAGAACCAAGCCUUUCUGGUUGUCAUGGGGAUUUCUAGUGAUGGAUGAAGAAAUAUUUUUUUUACAGUUUUAAAUUAUGUUCAGCAAAUAAAAUCUGGCUUUUUAA